UGAUCGCUCCGAGUACAUGUUUCUUCCCCCUUCCACCCCCACGGCAGCUCACGCCGCUAAUCUGCCUGGAGAAGCAACCUGCCAGCCCUGCUUAGCGGACUGCGCCGGCCAGGCAGGUCCAACCCUCCAAAGCCAGAGACUUCAGUCACCGGGCGGGCGGGAGCGCGAGAGCAUGCGCGGGGCUCCCAAGGCUCCGCCAAACCAGCACCAGCCGGUGUGUCGCCCGCCUGGAAGACCGCGCAAAUGACAAGAGAUGGGCUGGCGGGGGGUGGGUGGGAGGAGAAGGAGGAGGUUUACGCCGAGGCGAACAACUCCUCUGGAGACGAAAGGGCAACGGUCGGGAGGGGAGAAUGGAGGAUAUAAGCCCCAACCCAGCCUCAGCUCCUCUGGCUUCCCUCUCCUCUUUCGCGCCAACAGGGAAAGGCUCCGGACGCUGAGUGGAACAUGCCUCUUGCAUCAAUGCUGGGGAAUCGGUGGAAAGCACCAGAGGCUGUACCGUCCCAAUUCUCGGCAGGCAUUGAGGAGUAAAACGGCCCCUUUCGGGGUACUUGACCAAAAAUGUAUGACAGUCACGAAGAUGUUGAUUCGGAUUCUGAAAAGAACUCCAAAGAGAGGGAGCAGAAGCUGAAUUCAAAUCCAGAUAUCGAUAGAGGAUGGGCUUGGAUGAUAGUCUUUUCUUCUUUCCUGGUGCAUAUACUCAUCAUGGGAUCACAAAUGGCUCUUGGAAUUCUUAACAUGGAAUGGCUUGAAGAGUUCAGUCAAAGUCGAGGGUUGACAGCGUGGGUCAGCUCCCUCAACAUGGGCAUUACUCUGAUUGUAGGUCCCUUUAUUGGUUUGUUUAUUAACACCUGUGGGUGUCGGAAGACAGCAAUAACUGGAGGAAUCUUAAAUGCCCUGGGAUGGAUAUUAAGUUCCUAUGCUUCAAAUGUACAUUACCUCUUUAUUACAUUUGGAAUUAUAGCUGGUAUUGGAAGUGGGAUGGUGUACCUGCCUGCUGUGGUCAUGGUGGGGGAAUAUUUUCAAAAGAGAAGGGCUCUUGCCCAGGGACUCAGCACAACUGGAACAGGCUUUGGUGCUUUCCUGAUGACAGCUUUGUUGAAAUAUCUUUGUUUGGAGUUUGGCUGGAGGAAUGCCGUGUUCCUUCAUGGCGCUGUCUGUCUGAACCUGUGUGUUUGUGGAGCACUUCUGAGGCCAAUUCGUUACAAGAAGGAAGCUACUGAACAAAGCAAGGAUGGAAGCAAGAGUCAAAGCAAUAGUCCAACAAAAGUUAUCUCCUGCUCUGCCGAAGUGCUAACAUCUAAUUGUGUUUUAAGAGACGCGAAGAAAGAGGCAAAGGGAGGACAGGGUACAAAAGAAAACAUUAUAGCCUUGGAAAAUAAAGAUGGAAUCAGAGACCAAAAGGAAAUCUGUACUCUUGGUAUUCUAAAGCGAGUAGGCCAACUGACAGUCACAAGCCAGAAAGGCUUCAGGACCUGGUAUUCUAGUUACUUUGGAACUGCUUCUCUCUUCACAAACAGAACAUUUGCUGCCUUUGUAUUUUGGGCUUUAUUUGCCUAUAGCACUUUUGUGAUCCCUUUCAUCCAUCUCCCCGAAAUAGUGAAACAGUACAGGUUAUCAGCACAGAAUGACAUCUUUCCUUUGACUUCAAUUAUUGCAAUUGUUCACAUUUUGGGGAAGGUCGUCCUUGGCAUAAUCUCUGAUUUGCCUUGCAUCAGUGUUUGGAAUGUCUUCAUGGCAGCUAAUUUUACUCUUGUUUCUUGCAUUUUUAUUUUGCCAUUAAUGCAUACAUUUGCUAGCCUAGCAGUGGUUUGUGCCCUAAUAGGAUUUUCUAGUGGAUAUUUUUCACUUAUGCCUGUUGUCACUGAAGAUCUAGUAGGGAUUAAGCAUCUUGCAAAUGCCUAUGGAAUCAUCAUUUGUGCUAAUGGGAUAUCAGCACUCUUGGGACCACCAUUUGCAGGAUGGAUUUAUGAUCUCACACAAAAAUAUGACUUUUCUUUCUACAUAUGUGGCUUCCUUUAUAUGGUGGGAAUACUUACUUUGCUCAUUCAGCCUUAUAUAGAUAAGGAAAAGUCAGCAUCAGAAAAACAUAUAGAAAAUGGAAAUGUUUAGAACUGUUCAAUUCAUGUUUUUAUGGAAGAAAUCUUGCAUUUCUGAAGGAAGUAUCAAAUUAUAUAUCUGAUGGAGAUAACAGUGUUAAACAAAACUGAACAUAUCACCCCUUAUACUAAGGUGCAUGUCAACCAAUAAUUGAACACUAAUUUUUGUGAAGUUGGAGGUAAAAGGCAGGAAACAAAGAGCUUGGGUGUGGAGUGAUCAUUCGCCACCAAACACCAAAUAGAAGGCCAGUGUAAGAAAAAGUCUGUUUGAAUCUUGGUGCUUGCAUAUAAAUAGUAUCGGGUUCCUAGUUUGAUAGAAUGGAUUUUCAUCUUUCUGCAAUUGCUUACUGCCAUAAUAAGAUAUCGAGUACAAAUUCCUUUGAGACUGCAGAGUUCAGCAGGAAGAUUAUUGCAAGGGGCCAAAACAUAUAUACUUGACAUUUCUCCUUAUUUCUGAUCCAGUGAAAGAAAGACAAGUUCGGAUUUUCUAGGCCAAGACCAUGGUUCCUGACUUGCUUUUGCUAUCCUGUUUACCAUGGGUUAGAUUUUAAUGCUUUGCUCCAAUAUCAGUAUCAAGUGGCAACCUAGAAAGAUCAGUCCAUUCAAUGAACCAUCUGCUAAUGGACUAGAAUGUACCAUAGUUCAACACACCAGUAAUCCUAGUGCAGUUUCCAAUUGCUUUAGGAACUGUUGUUGCAAUAGCUACUACAAUUACAGUUCUCCAUUGUUCUUUCAUUUUGCCUGGCAAAUAUGAUGGGAAUGUGGGCAAAAAAAUAUGAUCUUUUCACACUCAGUAUGAAGUACAGUUUUAAAAAAACCAGUGGAGAAAUGACUACAGAUCACUUCUUCAUAAGAUUUAUAAUAGUAUUGAAUAAGGGAUGGUGUAUAAAACUUCCCACCACUUCAAAAUAGCCUAGAUAUGGUUAAUGAUGAUAAUUUUGUAAUGUGUUUGAAGAGUGUUUUUGAUAAUUCUGCUAAACUGAAACCAUAAAAUCAACUGCCUGUGACAAGAUAACUGCUUGAUGAAUGCAUAUG